AUGCCUCAGGUGCAGCAGAGGGUCAACUCGUACGUGAUGAUGAUGGACUCGGCGUUCGCGCCGGCCCCCACCACGUUGCCGACGGGCCCAAGCCACAUACUGAACGCCUCGGCUAUUCUGGCGGUGCUUGGGCGGCUGCUAAGCCCGCAUUGCUGCGCGCCCGAGUCGUCCCGGCCCACAGCACCCAGCAGCAGUGCACCGCUAGCCUCGUGGUUUCCUCGCGCGCGCCCUGACGCAGAUGCGGCGGCGCCGCGCGAGAUUGCGCUGCGUCUGGGAUCUGGGCGCAAUCACCAGGAGGGCACGCUUCUCGAAGCCUCGGGGCUAGCACCUUCGGCGCGAGAGGCUCGCGGACGCACUUCGAGUGCAGUAGCGCAGGCACUGUAUCAGUCAGCGCCGUGGGCUCGGCGCUGCGCCGGGCUGCGUGCCGCCGCCGUGUUCCUGGACGAGAGCUCGAGGGACGAGAUGGUGUUGUGGUACCAGGGUGCCUAG